CUCGCUGCUCUUCUCCUUUUCUCUCGCAGCAUCUUCCUGGGAGCCUGUAGGUGAAGCAGCAGCAGCUGCAUCCAUGGCCUAUCCUUGGGGUUAACACUUGUCUCCUUUGGCUUCAGCAGCAAGGGACGGAGCAGAUCGCCCGGCCUCAGCGGCAGCAGUCUUGUGAGGAUUUAGCUGGGACCUGGAAUCCUAUCCUCCUGUGUUUUCUCAGACUCCUUGGAAAUUAAGGAAUGCAAUUCUGCCACCAUGAUGGAAGGAUUGAAAAAACGUACAAGGAAGGCCUUUGGAAUACGAAAGAAAGAAAAGGACACUGACUCUACAGGUUCACCGGAUAGAGAUGGAAUUCAGGGGAAAAAAAAGACCCAGAAGACUCAGCUUCUCCUCACCUCUUGCUUCUGGCUCAGAGCCCUCUCGUUAACUCUGUCUCAGAAGAAAAGCAAUGGGGCACCAAAUGGAUUUUAUGCAGAAAUUGAUUGGGAAAGAUACAACUCACCUGAGCUGGAUGAAGAAGGCUACAGCAUCAGACCUGAGGAACCUGGCUCUACCAAAGGAAAGCACUUUUAUUCUUCAAGUGAAUCAGAAGAAGAAGAAGAGUCACACAAGAAAUUUAAUAUCAAGAUUAAGCCAUUGCAAUCUAAAGACAUUCUUAAAAAUGCUGCAACUGUAGAUGAACUGAAGGCAUCGAUAGGCAACAUUGCGCUUUCCCCAUCACCGGUGAGGAAGAGUCCGAGGCGCAGCCCGGGUGCAAUUAAAAGGAACUUGUCCAGUGAAGAAGUGGCCAGACCCAGGCGGUCCACACCAACUCCAGAACUUAUAAGCAAAAAACCUCCAGAUGACACUGUGGCCCUAGCUCCCCUCUUUGGCCCACCAUUAGAAUCAGCCUUUGAUGAACAGAAGACAGAAGUUCUUUUAGAUCAGCCUGAGAUAUGGGGUUCAGGCCAACCGGUUAAUCCAAGCAUCGAGUCGCCAAAGUUAACAAGGCCUUUUCCCACUGGAACACCUCCACCACUGCCUCCGAAAAACGUACCAGCCACCCCACCCCGAACAGGCUCCCCACUCACAGUCGGACCAGGAGAUGACCGGUCAGCUACAGAGGUCAAAAUUGAAAAGCUACCAUCAAUCAAUGACUUGGACAGCAUUUUUGGCCCCGUGUUGUCCCCCAAGUCGGUUGCUGUUAAUGCUGAAGAAAAGUGGGUCCGUUUCUCUGAUACGUCCCCGGAACAUGUUACUCAGGAGUUGACUCCAAGGGAAAAGGUGGUGUCCCCUCCAGCUGCAUCAGACAAUCCAGAUGACUCCCCAGAGCUGGGCCCCCCAAGCCCUCCAGGCCCCCCAGGUCCUCCAGGGCCCCCUGGUCCUCCUCGCAAUGUACCAUCGCCGCUCAAUUUAGAAGAAGUCCAGAAGAAAGUCGCUGAGCAGAGCUUCAUUAAAGAUGAUUAUUUAGAAACAAUCUCAUCUCCUAAAGAUUUUGGGUUGGGACAGAGAGCAACUCCACCUCCCCCUCCACCACCUACCUACAGAACUGUGGUUUCGUCCCCCGGACCUGGCUCGGGCAGUGGUACGGGGACCACCAGUGGUGCAUCGUCCCCUGCUCGGCCAGCCACUCCCUUGGUUCCCUGCAGCAGCACUACCCCUCCUCCACCUCCUCCCCGGCCUCCAUCUCGGCCAAAGCUACCUCCUGGAAAACCUGGAGUCGGAGAUGUGCCCAGACCUUUCAGCCCUCCCAUCCAUUCUUCCAGCCCUCCUCCAAUAGCACCCCUAGCCCGGGCUGAAAGCACCUCGUCGAUAUCGUCUACCAAUUCCUUGAGUGCAGCCACCACUCCCACAGUUGUGUCAGAAGAUGAUGUUUUUUAUGACAAACUGCCCUCAUUUGAAAGGCGCUGUGAAACCCCUGCAGGUUCUUCCAGGGGGCCCAGUCCGCUAACCAUGGGGGCCCAGGACACCUUGCCUGUUGCAGCAGCAUUUACAGAAACAGUCAAUGCCUACUUCAAAGGAGCCGAUCCAAGCAAAUGUAUCGUGAAGAUUACUGGAGAAAUGGUGUUGUCCUUCCCUGCCGGCAUCACCAGACACUUUGCCAACAACCCAUCGCCAGCUGCCCUGACUUUUCGGGUGAUAAAUUUCAGCAGGUUAGAACACGUCCUGCCAAAUCCCCAACUUCUCUGCUGUGAUAAUACCCAAAAUGAUGCCAAUACCAAGGAAUUCUGGGUAAACAUGCCAAAUUUGAUGACUCACCUAAAGAAAGUGUCCGAACAAAAGCCACAGGCUACAUAUUACAAUGUGGACAUGCUUAAAUAUCAGGUGUCUGCCCAGGGCAUUCAGUCCACACCCCUGAACCUGGCAGUGAACUGGCGGUGUGAGCCCACAAGCACUGACCUGCGCAUAGAUUACAAAUACAACACAGAUGCAAUGACGACCGCUGUGGCUCUCAACAAUGUGCAGUUCCUGGUCCCCAUAGACGGAGGAGUGACCAAGCUCCAGGCCGUGCUCCCCCCAGCAGUCUGGAAUGCUGAACAACAAAGAAUAUUGUGGAAAAUUCCCGACAUUUCUUUGAAGUCAGAAAAUGGAGGUGUGGGUUCUUUGUUGGCAAGAUUUCAGUUAUCUGAAGGCCCAAGCAAGCCUUCCCCAUUGGUUGUGCAGUUUACAAGUGAAGGAAGCACCCUUUCUGGCUGUGACAUUGAACUUGUUGGAGCAGGCUAUCGAUUUUCACUCAUCAAAAAACGGUUUGCUGCAGGAAAAUACUUGGCAGAUAACUAAUAAAACAUUAUGCAAGAAUUUGGAGGAUUCAUAUAAUGGAGAACUGUUGUAUGAGACACAAGUUUCCAUUUUGGUUUGAUGAAAACAAAUCAAAAUCUGCACUUGGGAUAAAUCUGCUGGAAAUGCCCUUGACUUUUCAGCAGUGAUUCCCUCACACAAUACCAUGAUGACCAGUCCUACAGUAUUUACUUCUAGGUGUAAUAUUGUUAUGGUUUUAAAAUGUAAUUAUUGUAUUUGUAAAUUGUACUCAUUCCAGUAAGGUCGUUAGACACUUGAGUUCUAGCAUUUUACCAUUCCUGAAAUGGAUGUAAUUUAAACUGUGGUAUGUAAAUUUAAUAGUAGUACUGUUGAAUGGCACAGUGCUUACAGAGGUAGACUGAAUUUUGUCAAUAUAUAAAAUUUAAAUAUAAUAUUGAUAGCUAUCAUAAAGGGGGUGCCACAUACAAAGAGAACUAAGUGGAACCAGGAAAAAAACUUCUUUUCUUCAGUCCUUAGUAUGUUUUAUUCUAGUGCUACAUAAAAAUUCUAUCUUCAGAUGUUUAGUGGGUUAAAUUCAGAAACUAUUUCAAAAAAAUUCUAAGGUUACAGCAUAUUCAAAAAAAAGCAUUAAUUACCACUUUUUAAAAAGCUUUUUUUUCAAACUGCAAAUUUCAUAAAAAUGCAAACUGUGUAAACAGGGCCUCUUAUUUUUAUAACUUGUGUAAAAAGGGAAAGCAAUUCAUAUUUAAAGUUUAAGUAUAUGAAAUUAUAAUCAAGAGUAAAGAUGUUGACAUCUUAACUAUUUCCCCCUGUCUCUACAAUUUAGCAGAUGUAGAGACUGUUGAAUAAUCGGUCAGACUACAAUCAAAAUUGUGAUUUUAAAACAUCGAGAUUUCCAUAGUGGAACUGGUUGACAACUUUUGUGCAAUUACUCUGAACAGAAUUUCUCCCAUCUAGCAUGCAGCACGGGUCCAUGUAUCUGCCCCUUCACACACAGGAAUCUGAGAUGGAGACUAGAAAUCUCACACACAAAAAAUUUUGUCCCCUGUUUAAAUCCAGAGGGAGAAUUUUAAUCAAAAUUAUUUAUAACAUUCAGGAAGGAGAAAAUAAGCUUUAUAAAUGAAAUUCUAUCCACAUAAUUGUGCAAUAAAUUCCUUUUAGAUAAGAUUCAUUGUAUGAAAUUAUAAAUCUUUGCCGUUCUUGGGGAAUCAAAAAGAGAGUUAUCAAAAAUGUGCUAUGAUUUUAUCGUUGCAAGAUAUAAUAAAAACUUCCAUUACUGAAUUUGGCCUCACAGUACAGGCAUUCAGAAUAGAGAAGCACUUCUUCAGGGAUCCCGGCUGUAAAACCCUCUUCCUUUACAAUCUGAAAACAUGAAUCUUCCUUCAAGUCAUAGAACUUAUUUUAAAUAUAAGCAAAUUUCUAUUCUAGAUUAUAUCAUUAAGUUACUGUAAUUUUAAGUGUUUGUCAUUAGUUGCUAAAUUUUACUUUACAUUUACUCAUAUUUGACACAGAAUCUUUAGCCCCUUUAAAUUUUAGAAUCACAUUAAAAUGUGUAGGUCCUGCUCUUAAAAUGAGAAUGUGACUGGCAGUUGUUUAUGGUAGAACUUUUAAAAUGAAUAUUUGCACUUCUCAGUGAGUGUUUGCUACCCAGAACUGCUCUGUUUUACGUUAGAAGAAUACUCUCAAUUGGCCCCUCAAGUCUUGUGUUGAAGUCUUCUAAACAAACAAUUAAUAUAUUCAUUUUGAGUAAAGAUAUUCAAUUUUAUUUUGAAACCAAAAUAGAAAGUAGAAACUUUUAAAUCCCAGGAAACAUGGGCAAAUUUCAAACACUAAAACCAGUGGAAAGUAAGCAGCAGAAAAUUGGGAAUUAUCCACUUAUGUGAACAUAAAAAUGUGUUUUUAAGUAAUCAAUUCAUGGAAAAAAACAUACUGAAAAUUAACACAAAGCGCAUAUUAAAAAUGUGUAAAUAUUA